UGUGUGGUCUCCCAGGCAGUACAGAGCAGUCAUGGUGAAGCUUGAGAUGUGGCAUCUGCCCUUGUUUUGGAUACUUCUGCUGGGGACAUGCAGCUUGGUGGGUGCCCAGGAGAACAUCAGCUGGGAAGUCCAGCGCUAUGAUGGCUGGUACAACAACCUGCAGCAUCACAGCCAUGGUUCUGCAGGUUCCAAUCUGCUGCGCUUGCUGCCAGCCAACUAUGCCGAUGGGGUGUACCAGGCACUGCAGGAACCACAUGUGCCCAAUGCCCGCAGACUCAGCAACGUGUUGGCCCGGGGAAAUUCUGGAAUACCCUCCAACAGGAACAUGACUGUGCUGUUUGUCUCCUUUGGUUUCCAUGUGCUCUCUGAAGUCCGGGCAGUGGAGAGACCUGGCUGCCCUGCUGAGUUCUUGAACAUCCCCAUUCCACGAGGAGACCCCGUGUUUGACCCUCAGAGAGCUGGGGAUGUCGUCCUGCCCUUCCAGCGCUGCCAGUGGUCUGUGGAGACGGGACAAAGCCCCAACAACCCACGAGAACCGGUCAAUGCUGUGACGGGCUGGCUUGAUGGCAGUGCCAUUUAUGGCCCCUCCCAUUCCUGGAGCGAUGCUUUGAGAAGUUUCUCUGAGGGGAAGUUGGCUUCUGGGCAUGACCAGGAUUUCCCAAAGCAGACAGAUGAGAGGCUCCCCAUGUGGAAGGCCCUGGACCCAACUACACAGCAGGGUGGUUCCCAGGGGAUAUAUGACUUUGGCAAUGCCAAAGGGAAUGAGAGCCCUUUGCUGCAGGCCCAGAGCAUCAUGUGGUUCCGCUACCACAACUACCGGGCAUCGAAGCUGCGCCAGAAUAACCCCAGCUGGUCAGACGAGGAUCUGUUCCAGCACACACGCAAGUGGGUCAUUGCCACCUACCAGAACAUUGUGCUGUAUGAGUGGCUGCCGGCAUGGCUGGGGGAAAGCAUCUCAUCAUAUAAAGGUUACAGCCAGCACGUGGAUCCCAGCCUGUCGCCUGAAUUCCUGGCAGCUGCAGAGCACAUCUUGGCCACCAUGGUGCCCCCUGGCAUCUACAUGAGAGACAAACAGUGCAAUUUUUGGAGAGCGAUCGACCAAGACAAAAAUCAACCAUCAGCUUUGCGGCUCUGCAACAACUACUGGAGGAGAAAGAACCCCAAUCUCCAGACAUCAAAGGAUGUGGAUGACCUGCUGCUGGGAAUGAGCUCCCAGAUUGCAGAGAGGGAGGACAACAUUGUGGUGGAAGACCUCCGAGACUACUGGUAUGGGCCACUGAAGUACUCCCGCACUGACUUCGUGGCCAGCUGGAUCCACCGGGGGCGAGACUUUGGCUUGCCCACUUACAAUAAGGCCCGGGAGCUCUUUGGGUUAGCCCCUGUCCAGAACUGGAUGGAUUUCAUUACUGACGUGGAUGGACAGGUCGUAACAGAGGUAGCUGCCAUGUACAACAAUGACACCUCCAAGCUGGAAUUCCUCCCUGGAGGCAUGCUGGAAAGCAAUGGAUCCCUCUUCAGAGCCAUCAUCCGGGACCAGUUUGAGCGUUUGCGAAAUGGGGACAGGUUUUGGUUUGAAAACACAAAGAAUGGGUUAUUCACAGAAAAAGAAAUUGCAGAGAUCCAAAACACCACAUUCUAUAACGUCCUUGCUUCUGUCACCAAUGUGAAUUCAAGUCAAAUCCAGGACAGAGUCUUUUUCUUGAAUAACGGGGCUCCGUGUCGUCAAACUGAGCAAUUAAAAGCAGAACGUCUGACCAACUGCACACCCCUGGUUGUGCUGAACUACUUCGAAGGCAGUGGUGCUGGGUUUGGGAUUAUUAUCGUCGUCCUUUGCUGCUUGCCUCUAGUAAGUUUAUUCAUUGCCUGGAUUGUUGCCGCUUUCCGCAAGAGAGAUUUCAAGAAGCUGAAGAGAGAGCAGAACACCAACGUGAAGAGGGAGGCAUCCAGUGAGGGAACAUGUGCCUUGGAGUGGCAAGGGCCCAAGACAGACAGCUACCUCGUCUACGUUCAGCUCCAUUCGGACAAGAUGAUCAAAGUUCUGGACAGCAGGUUGUCGGUGCUUCGAAGCAUCAACCUCCAUGCUCAACAGCAGCUGGAUGUGAUCCUGUCCAACAACAAAGGGAACAAAGCUCUACUCCUAAAGAUUCCCAAAGAGUAUGACCUGGUGUUGUUUUUCAAUGGAGAGGCAGAGCGAAGUGACUUCACUGGGCAUUUGAAGGCCUACCUGGAAAUGAAAGGUCUGGCUCUCAACAUAACUGACAUGAAGGAACAAGACCUGCUAAAAAGGGCUGUUACCAAAGAACAAAGGAAGCAGGUUCUUGAAACUUUCUUCAGGCAUUUAUUUGCCCAGGUGCUGGACAUUGACAAGGCAGAUGCUGGAGACCUCAACUUUGAAACAUCCCAAAAAGCAAAAGAAUCUCUGAAGUGUGAGCUGAGCAGUGUUGAGUUUGCUGAGUCCCUGGGGCUCAAGCCCCACUCCAUGUUUGUGGAGUCCAUGUUCUCCCUUGUUGACAAAGACGGCAAUGGGUAUAUCUCCUUCCAGGAGUUCCUGGACAUCUUGGUGAUCUUCAUGAAAGGCACCUCAAAAGAGAAGUCCAAGCUGAUGUUCAGAAUGUAUGACAUUGAUGGGAAUGGGUUUCUCUCAAAGGAGGAGUUUCUAAGGAUGCUGAGGUCUUUCAUUGAGAUCUCCAACAACUGCCUCUCGAGGGAUCAGAUAGAGCAAGUCACUGAGUCCAUGUUCAGGGCCUCAGGGUUUCAGGACAAGGACGAGCUGACAUGGGAGGAUUUUCAUUACAUGCUGCGGGACCAUGACAGGGAGCUCCGCUUCACCCAGCUCUGCAUCAAAGGUGUUCCCGAGGUUUUCAAACAGAACUUACACAACCGUGUCUCUUUCAUAAAUGGAGCCAAGACCAAUGGCACAGUCCCAAACAGGGAUGAAGCCCCAACUUCGGAAAUCCCCAUGCUGCCCAUGGAGCACCAAGGGCAAGAACUGAGGAAGAGAUUGGGCAGAAAGGCAAUGCAGUACCAGCCAAAUUUAUACACAGAGGCCCAAAGGAAGAAGUACCAGAGAAGCAAAGUUCAGCAGAAGAUCCAGACUUUCAAGCGCUUCGUUGAAAACUAUCGGCGCCACAUUGUGUGUGUGGUCCUGUUCUCUGCCAUUACAGCUGGCGUAUUUGUGGAGAGAGCAUACUAUUACGCCUUUGCAUCCCCACCCACUGGAAUUGCACAGACCACUUUUGUUGGCAUCAUCAUUUCACGAGGGGCAGCAGCCAGCAUCUCCUUCAUGUACUCCUACAUCCUGCUCACCAUGUGCCGUAACCUCAUCACCUUCCUGCGGGAGACCUUCCUCAACCACUACAUCCCCUUUGAUGCUGCUGUGGAUUUCCAUCGCUGGAUUGCAAUGGGAGCCCUGAUUUUCUCAGUUCUUCACACCGCAGGCCAUGUUGUGAAUGUCUACAUCUUCUGUGUCAGCCCUCUCAGCAUUCUGUCCUGUCUCUUCUCCAACGUCUUUAUGGAUGAUGGGUCACAGUUACCACAGAAGUACUACUGGUGGUUCUUUCAGACCGUCCCAGGCAUGACUGGUGUUCUGCUGCUUGUGAUCCUUGCCAUCAUGUAUGUGUUCGCCACCCACCACUUCCGACGUGUCAGCUUCCGGGGCUUCUGGAUCUCCCACCACUUCUACGUGCUGCUUUACGUCCUAAUCAUUAUCCACGGCAGCUACGCUCUGAUCCAACAGCCCCGUUUCCAUAUCUAUUUCAUUAUCCCAGCUCUCAUCUAUGGAGGUGAUAAGCUGAUGAGCCUGAGCAGGAAGAAGGUGGAGAUCAGUGUGGUGAAAGCUGAGCUCCUCCCAUCAGGUGUCACCUACCUCAAGUUUCAGCGGCCGCAGGACUUUGACUACAAAUCUGGGCAGUGGGUACGGAUUGCCUGCUUGUCCCUGGGCACAAAUGAGUACCAUCCCUUCACCCUGACCUCUGCACCCCAUGAGGAUACGCUGAGCCUUCACAUCCGAGCAGCUGGGCCCUGGACCACCCGGUUGCGGGAGCUGUACUCCCCUGAGAGCGUGGCUGAGAUUGGCCAGUAUCCCAAGCUCUACCUGGACGGACCAUUUGGUGAGGGCCACCAGGAGUGGAACAAGUUUGAGGUGUCUGUGCUGGUGGGAGGGGGCAUUGGGGUCACACCCUUUGCCUCCAUCCUCAAGGACCUGGUUUUCAAGUCAUCGCUUAGCACUAAACUUCUGUGUAAGAAGAUCUAUUUCAUCUGGGUGACGCGCACACAGCGGCAGUUUGAGUGGCUGGCCGACAUCAUUCGUGAGGUGGAGGAGAGCGACCAGCUUGGCCUGGUCUCCGUGCACAUCUACAUCACCCAGCUGGCUGAGAAGUUUGACUUGCGCACCACCAUGCUGUACAUCUGUGAGCGGCACUUCCAGAAGGUCCUGAACCGGAGCCUGUUCACGGGGCUGCGCUCCAUCACGCACUUCGGGCGGCCUCCAUUUGUACACUUCUUCAACUCCCUGCAGGAUGUUCACCCCGAGGUGCAGAAGAUCGGUGUGUUCAGCUGUGGCCCCCCAGGAAUGACCAAGAACGUGGAGAAAGCCUGUAAGCAGAUCAACAAGAAGGACCAGGCCUACUUCGUGCAUCACUAUGAGAACUUCUAACCGCCUCCCAUCCCUGUAGGAUACCCAGGCCUGCCCCACCAGCAGGACUGUUCUGUGAACAGCGGUGUCCUUGACCGAUCUAAGUACUUCUAGGUCCUAGGGAAGGUUCCUGCUACUUCUCAGAUGGGAGCUGUUACACAUCUAUAACAUUUCUGUUCCUGCAAGCUUGGAGGAGGACUGCCUCUGAACCACAGCUGAGCUGCUGCGGCAGGAUGGACUUGCAAAGGUUUCUGAGAUUAUUGCCCAGCGUGUGCUGCAUGGACUGUGAUGAUCUGGAGACCCCAUGGGCAGCAUGGCCCAGCAGACAGUGCUUCCCUCUCACCCCAGGGGCCCACAGUGUCUCCCACAGAAAAGAGUGCCUAGAACUUUCCAGCAAAACACCUGCAUUGCAGCAGAGGUGCAAAGCUUCAGCAACUUAAAUUACAGUGGCCCAAAGAGUUCUGGGAUGCAACCCUGCCCCGGUAAAGUGAACAGCAAAGCUCCCAUUGAUUUCAACAGAGCCAGGACUCUGUCCCUGGCAUAAAUGAGCAAUCCAGUGUGGGGGCAGACAAAAAUCACACAUCUAAGAUCCCCUGCAUAACUGAAGUUGAGGACAGGCUGCAGCUAUCUGGCCUGAGUAUCAGUCGGCUAGGGCACCAACAGGCUGUCCUGAAUAAAAGUGUCCAUGCUAGUAUUAAAUGCAGCUGAGGCAAACCAAUUUACAGUCAGAGCCUAAGCUAAUUUGGAUCAGUGUUUGUCAGUGAUCCUGUGUAGACAAUCUCUGUUAACUUCACUAAUUCAUCUCCCUUGCUACAGUUUAUUAGACUGUACUCAGCUCAUCUGUGGUUGUUUCCUUUUGGUAUUUAAAAGCUUAGCUUUUCUUUUAUAUUUGCAUUUACUUUUCACUCUUCAGUUUGAUUGCUGCUGUUAAUACCUAUUUAAAUAAUGACUUGAUAUAGAAGAAGGAGAAGUAUUCUGAAGUCUGGCAGAAGGCAAGGUAGAGAUGCA